ACCACAUCGCACACGGACUCGGAGUCUUCUGCGGCCGCUACUAAAGACAGUCGAAUCUCCUUGCUAUUAUAUGCCCAUAAGGUCUAUAGACACAUCCCGAAAAGACAAAUUGACAGCCAAACCAACUUUAAUCAGCUCUUAUCAAGAAUCCCAACAUGGAAUCGUUCAAAGCACCAGCCUUCUCGACAUUCCCGCCGAGUCUCUUACUCAUAUCACUUCAUUCCUCUUUCCCCCGUCGCUCCUCGCACUCUCUAGAACAAACCGACGACUCAAUGAACACAUAAAUGAUGAUAAUACCUGGUACCGGGCCUUUAUCAACCAAUUCCUUGGAAUUGGUCCUGAGAAUGAUCUCGAGAACGAGAGGAUUCUCUUACUAAGGAAGUCAGAAGGCACUUGGAGAAAGGAGUUCAUCAUGAGGCACAACUUGAGGAGGCGCUGGGAACGUUCGCGGAAUGGGACGAUUACUCAUUCUCCCCAAGAUACUACCAUCGACGGCGCCCAUCUGAUGUCCGAGUCUGGUCUCCUCACGUGUUCGAUUCAAUACGGAGUGGUGGCUCGUUCGCUUCCGCUCAGCGGCAAAGUUCUCAAGGGGUACCUUGACGCUGCCGGAACAGGAUUGGGUAUAGGAAAUCCUAAUGUUGAAUUUACACCCAACGUCUCUACCUGCCGUCUCACUUCUGAUGGCGGCACUGCCAGGGCCUUCUGGGGCAAGCGUAACGGGGAAGUGGCAGUCACUACGGCUGCUCGGGUCAUGGAUCCUAGGGGUGCAUCUUCGAAGCUGGUUAGAUGCAAAGUUGAAGAUCACCACGACGGCGUUGUGAACGAGAUUGCGUUGGAUCCUGUUGUUAGCCGGUUCGUUUCCGGAGGUGCUGACGGGCAAGUCAAGUUGUGGGAUACUAAGACGGUUGUGUGCUUGUGGUCUAGUGACAAGCAACUCCAAUCGCUUGUGAUUGACCCAUUCCUUAAGGUGUCUUCCGCUCUUGCAGACGGCAUCAUCGCGGGUGCUUUGCAUAGCGGAGACAUUCUUUUGUGGACAUCGUCCCGACAAGUCUAUUCGGAUGACUUUUGCAGCCCGGCAUCGUUUGCACAACAUCGCAUCGUCUCGCCCAUUCCAAAGGUACAACCGUCUCCCCAGGAUAUAUUCAUACCCAAACCUCGGCCAACUGUGCUUUGUGUUCGUCGUCACUCACAGACAACGGCAGCGCUACUCAUCGGGUACUCUGAUCACCCGUUCUUCUAUCGCAUCGUAGUUGACCUUACAUCCGGUAAAUACGAAAUCACCGCAUUUGGUGAUCCUUCAUUCGGAUACAACUCCAUCAUCGAACCUUUCUUUGCAGCUCAGCCAGAUGAUUACAGUUUCAUCAUCACUGGCGAUCUGCAAGGUUCCGUUGGCAUUUACGAUUGGGACACUCCGCAAACAUCAUCUCCCGUAGUACCUGCUCGCAGAUUCGAGGCUCACGAAGAUGGUGCCGUGACUGCGCUUGCUUGGAGCUCGCUUGUUCUUGCCACAGGCUCUGCACGCGGCACAACGACCGUAUGGGACGCGCUCACCUUGGAGCCUCUUAGGCUCUUUUCGUCCCCAAUCCCGCGUGCUGCACCGGGUCGCGAAUUUGGAGGCGUCAGCAGGAUUGUGAUUGAACAGGAACUUUUGGUCAUUAUCGCUGACAAUCGGGUGAUGUCAUGGAAGGUGGGACAAGUACACCACCGCGAAGCUUCGCACAAAAGCAAACAGCGUGCGAAUAGGAACCCAAUUUCCAAAGGACAACAGCGAUACGAUUUGCACAGGGUCAUCAAAGAAUCCAAACGUGAACUGGAACAGGAGAAUGCUUAUGCGCGACGUACCAUGGGGCGAGAACGCGAGCAACGUUCCACUCUGAACGUGCUUGGACUGUCGGAGUCGGAGGCAAUAGAAUAUGUACUGAUGCUCUCCCGCGAGGAAGAACAGCAUCGCCGAGUUUCCCAUACCAUCGAUGAAGGCGUCUUCGAGGGUGACUUUGAAGACGAAACGUUCUUGCCAGUCGCUUCAAGUUCUUCAACAAGCCAUGGUCCUGCAUUACCGGCUUCGAACCAGUCUUUCCCAAGUUUGCUUGACGAUCACCAUUCCCGCACCUAUCCACGUGCCGCACGUCCCAUGACGAAUCAGAAAGUACAGGUGUCUCCUGUCUUCGUCCCGGAACCUAUGGAAGCCGGCGUCACCAUAAGCCCGCUCAGGAUACCUGCAUCCCUGCCAGGUUCUUCGACGAGGACAAGAUCUUUACCGGACGUGGCUCGCAGCACGUCGUCCUCUUUCGAACACUUUCCCUCGAUCAGUUCUAGCAUUUCCUCAUCGACCAGCAGCCUAGAACACAGUCGUUCGGCGUGGAGUACACCCUUACGGUCGCCGCCUUCAUCCCCACAUGUUGGCGCACCUCUCUUGCGCACGUCUUCUACAAGCACAGAAAAUCAUGAUAGGCAAUCUGAGGAAGAGCUCCGGGCUACCCCAGAUUUAGAUGAAAUGGAUGCAGAUUUGAAAUUUGCGAUUGAGUUGAGUCUUGCGGAAGCGCGUAGUCGAGGCGAGGUUUGAAAGUGGGAAGGUAAUCAAGCUGUUGUUGAUACACGAUAGAUUGGAUAGAGCACCGGAACAAUCUUUAUCAUUAGGACUAUAUAUUUUGAAUGUAGCCGUGGCACGUCUUUGAGAUGUGACUUAGCGUUCAUUCUGCACCUAGAUAAGCA